AUGUCUACCUUUUGUGAUAAUAUCAACAAUGCUGGCCUUUUUGACUUGGGAUUCAAGGGUCCUGCCUUCACCUUGAAAAGGGGUUCUAUGUGGGAAAGGCUUGACAAAUUUAUUGUGAAUGAUUGUUGGCUCUUCCAAUUUCUGCUUACUUCUGUCACCCACCUAAGCCUUGCUGGUUCUGACCACAGACCUCCCCUCAUAAGCAUCACUUCCUCUGAACUAUCUUCCACCCCCACUCCUUUUGGAUACCUCAACAUGUGGUCCUCCCAUACAUUAUUCUCUAAAACCAUUUCUGAUCUUUGGAAAGAUAUCUCCCAUCCUGACCCCUUGGUUAAAGUUAGCUUGCUGCAAUUUAAAACUAGUAAGGCCCUCAGAAAGUGGAGUUGGGAAGCCUUUGGUAAUGUUCUCACCAAUGUGUCUGAUGCUGAAAAAGAAGUUAUAAACCUAGAGUAG